UUGAUGAUGGUGAUGACGAUAAUGUUAACGAUAAUGAUAAUGAUGAUGAUGCGUUUCUCGCUCUCCUUCUAAAUCUUAAGCUGAAAACUAUUUGUCUCUGUUUCUUCCUCUUGCACUCUUUCUCCGCCCCAUUAUUUUUUUCUUCCAAUCAAAACUAGCCACUUAGCCUUUUCUAUAUUCAGACAAAUAACUUAGUAGUUAUAAGUCACUUCUUCUCUUCCAUAUAUCAUCAACUACCGUAACUAGUUCCUAAGAUCAGACCCUUUUUCAAGAGAAUUUCAGCAUCCCCUAUAUCUGUGCUGUAUGUUCAUAGUUAUAAUAAUCCCAUUCAAUACACAUAGCUGAAAUAUUCACAACUACUUACAACAAGAAAGUGAAAUUAGAAAUGGAAGAUAUUCCAAAGUUGGAUUCGAGUUCUUCUUCUUCUUUUUCAUCAGCUUUGGAAUCAGAAGAGAAGAAGAUGGAGAGUGGAGCACAGAGAAUCUCUGUUUCUGAUCACAUAAACGCAUAUCAAUACACAGCUGAGAAAGUUGAUAGCUUUGUCAUUGAUAUGGAUUCCUUCUCUUCCCCCAUCAACAAAGAUUCCUCCAAUAUUAAUCCCAGAAUCACAUUGCAGAGGAGCCUUUCCAGGAAAGGUUCUCAGCGUGGUGGAGACAGGAAGGUGAAUGGAAAUGUCUCACUUCAUGAAAGAGACACUGUUCCAACUACAUCCUCACCAAAAGCUGCUAUGGCAGGGUGUAACACACUUGAAAAGUCAACGGCAGUGGGGUCCACACAUCAAUCCACAAACACAAACCCUCCUCAGAGCCAUCAUCAGAUUACAAUCACUGCCAGUAAUAUGUGCAGCACACCCACCAGUGAAAGCAAGUUGGCAACUCGGAGAAACAGUUUCAGAAGACAUUCUUCAUGGCUCCUUGACCCUAAAAGGGUUCUUCUUAUCUUUGCCACCUUAUCAAGCAUGGGAACAUUGUUGCUGAUAUUCUUCACUCUUGCUAUCAGCAAGCAAAACCCAGAUGAAUAUGGGGCUGAUUUGCAGCAGUAACUCAAUCUUUUUGCUGUUGAGACUUAGAAGAAAGCGAACUCGACAAUGGGGCAGUCGACUCUGGCGUAAAUACAAGUUAGAGUCCCAGAAAUGCAGCAAAUACUAGGAAACAGGAAAAUCAACACAGACAGUGAAAACCAAAGUUUCUCAAGUUGUAAAGAUUACUCUAUAUUUCCAACAAUUUGACAUCAGAGUCAGUUACCUUACCUCUCCGGGAAUUACAAGAAGCAAUUGCAAUGCAUAGUGCAUUAAUUCAAAGGGGGAAGGAAUGAAUAUUCAUUUCUUUUAUACGAAUGGAAGACAACAGAUAAAGAUCACAUGGAAGAGAUUGCUCUAUAAUGUUUUCAGUGUGUAGUUGAAGAAGGAUCAGAAAGUGUUUCUUUUUGCUCUUUCUAUUCCUUGAGUCCUUUUGUACAUUUUCUGUUAAGUUUUUGCUCUUACAUGCAGAUGAAUGAAAUCCUAAUAGGAAGAAUAAACUUUAUAAGCUCA